UUUCCUGGCCUAUAAAUGCCUCCCUUCCCCUUGCAGGAGGGAAGCUUGGAGUUUCCUCUGAGCAGACUUGCUACCUGUGGAGGCCCAGGGACAGGGACCUCUUUCAGGGGGCUGCAGGCAAUGUCCAGGUUCCAGCAGGGGAUUCGUGGGAGUUCUCUCUGCAGGGAAGGAAAGAAGGCCAUGGGGCGAUUCAUCUGCGUGAGCUUCGGCUUGCUGGUCGUGUUCCUCUCCCUGAGUGGAACUGGAGCUGGUUUCUGUUGUCCCUUGGGUUGGUCUUCCUAUGAAGGGCAUUGCUACAGGGUCUUCCAACAAGAGAUGACCUGGGAAGAUGCAGAGAAAUUCUGCACACAACAGCACAAAGGAAGCCAUCUGGUCUCCUUUCGGAGCAGUGAAGAAGCAGAUUUUCUGGUGUCGAUCACCUACCCAGUUUUGAAAGCCGAUUUAGUCUGGACUGGACUGAGGGAUAUCUGGAAUAAAUGCAAGUUGGAGUGGAGCGAUGGCACCAAGCUCGACUACAAAGCCUGGAGUGAAGAAUCUGAGUGUAUCAUAUCCAAGACAAGCCAUCAUUGUCACAGGUCAUCUGGCUUUUUCUUCGUGGUUUGUUUGCUCGGAUAUAGAUCAAUCUUGCAACACCCCAUUGCGCUGAUAACCAGUGGUUAAGUAGAGCCUGCAGCAAGACUCACAAUGUCGUCUGCAAGUUCCAGGCAUAGUCUGAAGAUGCGACUGUGUGAAGUCUGGAGAAGCAAGGAAGCCCCCACACCCCCACCCCUACCCCGCCUGCCGCAAUCUCUGCUCUGUACCCUGUCAUUCCAUGGAUGCUCUCUGUGGCUGGAUCUGGUUCUGCUGCUCCUGAUGGGCCAGAAGGUCCAAUAAAUUCUGCCUAGCAUGA